AUGACUGGGGACUCCCCGCCACUGGGCCCAAAGCCCAAAUCCGCCAUCCCCUCCUAUCUCCUCAACGGACAAGCUUCCGUGCGCAUGCCAAGUAACGUGCGCGAGCGGGAGAGCCUCAAUUCAUCAAUCAAAUCUUCAUUCGCCCGGAAACAGGUGGUUGAUCCGGAUUUUGCGGUUCCAAAGCCGGUCCCAGUAGCAGAAAUACCCCCCGCAGCUGCAGCAAGCGCGGGGGAAACGGCAAUGCCAACUACAAAUGAGAUACUCGAGAACGGGGUGCCUAAUGAUCAGCACAAGAAUAUAUCAGUGGAACAGAGCGGUGCUGUCAAUGAAAAACCAUUGCCCGCCGCUCGCAGACCAUUAGAGAUAUCCGCGCUUCAUAUCACCUCCUCCGCUACUCCUACUGCUACUGCUUCUACCCUUGCUCCCCGUCCUACUAAACGAAACCUCAGCGAGCCACCUCGCGAUCCUAGAGACCAUACGGGAUCUCUAACACCACCUUCUGCUGUUAGUCGACCUGCGAGCCCUUAUACCCUGAAUCCACCAAUUGAUUUUGACGGGCUGAGUUGGCCAAGCGUCGGUACGCGCGAACGUCUCGAAGCUACACCAGAAGAAAGUGAAAAACGAACACAGAAACUCGCGGAUGCCGUGCGGACGAUACUGGAAUGUAUUGGGGAAGACCCGCAGCGCGAGGGUCUGCUUGGUACGCCGGAGAGAUACGCGAAAGCGCUGAUGUAUUUCACAAAGGGUUAUGAGGAGAACGUGCGCGACCUGGUUAAUGGUGCUGUUUUCCAUGAAGACCACGACGAGCUUGUCAUUGUGAAGGAUAUCGAAGUUUUCUCGCUCUGCGAACAUCAUAUGGUCCCGUUUACGGGCAAGAUGCACAUUGGCUACAUCCCCGACCGCCGCGUCCUCGGCCUGUCUAAACUCGCCCGCCUCGCAGAGAUGUUCUCACGCCGCCUUCAGGUGCAAGAACGUCUAACGAAGCAAGUAGCCCUCGCCAUCGCCGAAGUGCUGAAACCACAAGGCGUAGCCGUCGUGAUGGAGUCGAGCCAUCUGUGCAUGGUGAUGCGUGGGGUGCAGAAGACUAGCAGCACGACUACGACGAGUUGCAUGCUUGGCUGUAUGCGGGCGAGUGCGAAGACGCGAGAGGAGUUCCUUAGUUUGCUUAAUCGGAAGUAG